UUUAAUGGGACCUGGAAGCCAUAGAUGUGUGUAGAGAAUAGACCAGAUGACAAAAUCACAGAAAUACAGCAUGGAAAGACAGGAUGGCAGAACUAUAGAUGGAUUGAUAACAUAUAUGAAUAAUGUGAUGGAAUCCUGCAGUUGAGUUAAUUAAUUUUAGACAAGUGUAAUUUAAGUGAAAGUCAUUCAUGAUUGCUUGCAAAGCUGAAUAACAUCCCAAAAUCACAAUAUCGGAGGGAAUCUUUUGGGAUUUGAUGGUGAUGUUGGCAGAUGUAUCAGAAAAAAUAGAAUGUAUCUGUAAAUGUAUGAGAAAUUAUUUUAGUAAAGAUUAGAUUAAGGCUUCAGUCAAGAUAGGAUAAUUUACGUUAAUGGGAAAAACCCCUGAACGCAUCAGUACAAAAUACAUACAGUAUAUUGAUAAUAUGAUUAUGCUUCAAGCUCCUGUUGCACUUCUUUUGUGUUGGCUGCAUGAUAAUAAAAACGCACCACCACCAUCACCGUUAUGUUCUGCUGUUGUGAGGUUUUAAACAUCUACUAAAAGCUCCGACAGAGGGCUGAACAGUUAACUGGAGAACACACUGAGACCGUGCUGCAGACGAAUGUCACUGCCUUUGUCUCUGUGCUGCAGGCCUGCACUGUACAUUUAAAGGGAACUGCCCCUUUAACCGUGUGGCCGUACUGCUCAUGCUCGGGGCUUUUGUGCAGGAGUUUCCCCGUCAGGAACCAGCUGUGUGGACGAGAGAGCGAUAGCAGACACAGCACACACAGAGAGAGAAGCACCGCUCCGGGAGAGCUGCGGCUGUCGCAUCCUCCUCGUACCCGGGCAGAGGGCACGUCUUUGUCUGGGAACAGAUCCAGCAGCUAGAGAGGCGCACAUACAAACAGCUCCGUGUUUGUAUUUCAUCUCCCGGAUUACAGUCUUUUGACGUUGAAGCAUUCCGUCACGGUCGUGUGUUUACAUCGCUGACCAGACUGGAAGUUAUUUGGGAGACUUGUGCGGACGCGCAGCAGAGCGCGUAACGUGCUUUUUUUUUUUUUUAAUAAUGUUUUUGUUGCUCAGAGCGGAUGGGUCCGAUUGGAAAUGCGUUCAGAGCGUUUUUAAGGUUUAAACUGCCUCCAUCAAAGUUUCAUCCUUUUGUCCUGUCCCGCAGCUUGCUCCACACCGCUCGGCAUGUUCUGACAGUGCGUAAUUACCGUUUUCCACAGGCGUCACAGGUAGGCUAUUUGAGCCUACAGACACCCCUGCUGAUGACAACAGAUCACCUCACAGCGUAAGGUGACAGUUCACUGCCUCUCUCUCUCUCUCUCUCUCUCUAAAAAAAAAAGACACUCCGCGUCCAUCAUGGAUGAUGCUGGAGGGAUACAUCUAUGCACCUGGACCAAGUCGUCCACAAGGAGCUCCCGGGACGUCUUGAAAACAUACCUGGGAGUAUUUGUGAUGCUUCAUCUCGUGCUCCACACGGAAGCCUCCUCGGUGUCCAAGUCGUGUGAUAAAACCUGCUUUUCAGGGAGGUGCAGCAACGGCACCUGCGUGUGUGACCACGGAUGGGUCGGGGAUCAGUGCCAGCACUGUCAGGGGAGAUUCAAGUUAACAGACCUGUCAGGCUCCCUCACAGACGGCCCAGUAAACUACAAGUACAAGACCAAAUGCACCUGGCUGAUAGAAGGAUAUCCUAAUGCAGUACUCAGGCUGCGCUUCAAUCACUUUGCCACCGAGUGCAGCUGGGACCACAUGUACGUUUAUGAUGGAGACUCCAUUUACGCCCCGUUGAUUGCUGUCUUCAGUGGUCUUGUGGUACCGGAGUCCAGGGGUAAUGAGACAGUCCCGGAGGUGGUGACGACAUCCGGAUACGCUCUGCUUCACUUCUUCAGCGAUGCGGCCUACAACCUGACCGGCUUCACCAUCGCGUACUCGAUAAACUCUUGUCCCAACAACUGUUCGGGCCACGGCAGAUGCAGCACGGCGAACUCGGUGUCAGGCCGAGUGUACUGUGAGUGUGAAGAGUACUGGAAAGGAGAAGCCUGUGACAUCCCGUACUGCAGAGACAACUGUGGCAGUCCGGAUCACGGCUACUGUGACCUGACCGGAGAAAAGCUCUGUGUCUGCAACGACAGCUGGCAAGGUCCAGACUGCUCUCUGUCCGUUCCCUCCACCGAGGCCUUCUGGGUGCUGCCGAGCAUCAAACCGUCAGCUCAGUCUCUGGGUCGGGCGUCCCAUCAGGCCCUGGUGCACUCUGGGCUAAUGUGGGUGGUGGGAGGUUACUCCUUCAACUACUCCAACUACCACAUGGUCCUCAACUACAACCUGGAGACCAGUACGUGGGACGCGGUGCCCGUCAGCAGCGGUCCUCUCUACAGAUACGGACACUCACUGGUUCUGUACCAGGAUGACAUCUACAUGUUUGGCGGGAAGCUGGAGGCGGGAUCAGCCAACGUGACAGAUGAGAUGUGGGUGUUCAACAUCCCUAGACGUACCUGGUCGCCACGGAAACCAGCGCCGCCCCCUCCAUACGCCCUGGAGGGGCACACCGCCCACGUGGUGGAGCUGGCUGACGGCGAGCCGGUGAUGCUGAUCUUCUUCGGAUACUCGCCGAUCUACAGCUACAUCAACAAAGUUCAGGAGUACAACAUCAGGUCGAACUCGUGGCAGGUCGUGUCUGCGGGCGGCGCCGUGGUCCAGGGAGGUUACGGCCACAGCAGCGUGUACGACGAGGCCAGCGGCUGCGUGUUUGUCCACGGCGGAUACAAGGCGCUUAGCAACAACAAGUACGGCCUCGUGGACCACAUGUACCGCUACCACGUCCAUACCAGAACAUGGUUGAUCCUCAGGGAGAGCGGUUUGGCGCGGUACCUCCACUCGGCGGUGCUGUUGAGCGGCACGGUGCUGGUUUUCGGAGGAAACACUCACAAUGACACGUCGCUCAGCAACGGAGCCAAGUGCUUUUCUGCUGACUUCCUGGCGUAUGAUAUAGCUUGUGAUGAGUGGACUGUCCUUCCUAGACCAGGGCUGCACCGAGACGUCAACCGCUUUGGACACUCUGCCGUGGUUAGCAACGGCUCCAUGUACGUCUUUGGAGGCUUUUCGGGUCUCCUUCUGAACGAUGUGCUGGCCUACACUCCUCCGUCCUGCAAGGCCUUCUCUGACCCAGAUCUGUGUGCUGCUUCUGGGCCAGGCCUCCGCUGCCACUGGGUGAAAAGUGGAUGUGUCUCCUGGCUGCCAAAAGCACCCGACCAAACUUUCCCUGCUCCUUUUUGCCCUCCAUCGCCUGACAGUACAGACGAGCAGUGUUUCAGGUUCUCAGACUGUGCGAGCUGCACCGCCAACACUCGGGGCUGUCAGUGGUGCGAGGACCGAAAGUGUAUCUCCACUUCCAGUAACUGCACGGUGCUGACUCUGGAGCUAGCCCAGCAGCAUGGCGGCGCUCUGUCUCUGUCUCCCCCUCCAUCCAUGUUGUCUGAACAUCAGCUGAGCUUGUGGAAGCACGGAGCCAGAAGGAGGGGACAUUCGGUGAGGGACUCGUCCAGGUGUAAACGCAGGGAGGAGCAGGAGUGCUUCAGACUGGCCAACUGCAGGAGCUGCUCCCUCAAUGUCAACUGUCAGUGGGAGACGCAACAGCAGGAGUGUCAAGCACUGCCUGGCCAGCUGUGUGGAGAGGGCUGGCAUCAUGUCGGCGAGGCCUGCCUGAGGAUCAACUCCAGCAGAGAGAGCUACGAUAACGCCCAGCACUACUGCAAGAACCUGGGAGGAAAUAUUGCUUCUUUGCUCACAGACAAACAGGUCAACUUUGUUCUGGAGGAGCUACAGAAAUACCAGCUGCAAGACAAGACGUUAUCUCCGUGGGUUGGCCUGAGGAAGAUCAACGUGUCGUACUGGGGCUGGGAGGACGCGUCGCCGUUCACCAACACCAGUCUGCGCUGGUUACCCGGAGAGCCCAGCGACUCGGGCUUCUGCGCCUACCUGGAGCGAGCGCAGGUGGCCGGACUUAAAGCAAACCCCUGCACCGCUACCACAGACGGCCUGAUCUGUGAAAAACCUGCCGGGAGCCCGCAGAGUCAGAGCGUUCGUCCCUGCAGGACGCCCUGCGCUCUGCGCACCAGCUGCGCCAACUGCACCAGCCAGGCCAUGGAGUGCAUGUGGUGUGGAAGUACGCAGCGAUGCGUCGACUCCUCGGCGUACAUCAUCUCCUUCCCCUACGGCCAGUGUCUGGAGUGGCAGACACAGGACUGCACUGCCCAGAACUGUUCAGGUCUGAGGACAUGUGCAGACUGUCUGGAGAGGGCGGAGUGCGGUUGGUGUGGUGAUCCCAGUAACACCGGCAGAGGCGUUUGCAUGGAGGGCUCCUACCGAGGGCCCCUGAAACCCGCUAAUGCCAGGACUGGACCCCGAGAUCGGGAUAGACUGCGAGACCGGGACAUGAUACUGGAUCAGAGUCUCUGUUCGGCUGAUAGGGGCUACAACUGGGCCUUCAUCCAGUGCCCAGCGUGUCAGUGUAAUGGUCACAGCAGGUGUGUGAACAGCACCGUGUGCGAGCACUGCGGGAACCUGACAGCAGGGACGCACUGCCAGAGCUGCAUGCCCGGUUACUAUGGCGACCCGACCAACGGAGGGAAGUGCAACGCAUGUAAAUGUAACAACCAUGCCAACGUGUGCCAUGUCAACACAGGGAAGUGCUUCUGUACUACCAAGGGCAUCAAGGGAGACCAGUGUCAACUAUGUGACUCAGAGAACCGUUACCUUGGAAACCCUCUCCGAGGAACAUGUUAUUACAACCUGUUGAUCGAUUACCAGUUUACCUUUAGUUUGCUUCAGGAAGACGACCGCCACUACACCGCUAUCAACUUCAUGGCUACACCUGAACAGGCCAACAAGAACCUGGACAUGUCCAUCAACGCCUCCAACAACUUCAACCUCAACAUCACUUGGUCCUUAAGCUCAACAGCCGGCACCAUCUCAGGCGAAGAGAUGCCGAUCAUAGCGAGAACCAACAUCAAGGAGCACCGAGACAGUUUCUCCUGCGAAAAGUUCAACUUCAGACUUCAUCACAACAUCACCUUCUACGUCUACGUGUCCAACUUCAGCUGGCCAAUCAAGAUCCAGAUUGCUUUCUCUCAACACAACAGCAUCAUGGACCUGGUGCAGUUCUUUGUCACCUUCUUCAGCUGUUUCCUGUCUCUACUGCUGGUUGCUGCUGUAGUUUGGAAAAUCAAGCAGACCUGCUGGGCUUCACGGCGAAGAGAGCAGCUGAUGAGAGAGCGACAGCAGAUGGCCAGUCGUCCCUUUGCGUCGGUUGCUGUGGUGCUGGAGGUGGGCGGCGACCAGGAGGAGCUGCUACAGGCGGUGCCGAAGCCCAUAGCCAUGGAGCCGUGCUGGGGGAGCAGAGCGGGAGUUCUGACGGUGUUGCUGUAUCUUCCCAGAGUCCCGUCUGGAAUACCUCCACCAGGACAGUCUGGUAUUGCUAUAGCCAGUGCUCUGGUGGACACAUCACAACAGCGAGUGAUGGACUUCAAAGAAAGAGGCCUGGGUCUGAAGCACCGCAAACACACCGUGCACCACCAAGGGACCUGUGUAUGAACUGGACGCCCUCAACGAGGUGACAACACAUCCAUCGAUUGCACUGGAGAUAUUCUCAUUGAGGAAAACAUCGUACAACAAAAGGCAAAAACCUGCAAAAAUUGAGUUUGGAUGAUGAUUGAUCUUCAAGUGGCAUGGAUGGGACUGGGGAUGUAACUAACACCUCAUCAACAGUCACCCAAACUGGGGAAAAACAGAAAUUGUGAUCCCUUUCCCUCCCUGGAUCAGAUGGAAACCUUCUCCGUCAACAUGCUCUUUGUGUUCCUUGUGUGUAUGUGUUGGUCCUGAUGAGCCAGGAAAAUAAAAAUUGGAAUCCUUACUGCAGAUUGUGCACGAAAAUGUCUGUGUUUUACUACGAGAGCUGACAGACUUUUCCACUUCCACGCCAUGUGGCUCCGCGUCUCCAGGGCUCUACUUGUCUGUCAUGCGGCCUGCCAUAUUGACAAAGACAAGCACUUGUUUUACACCACUAAACCAAACUAAAUAGCUUUGAGCUCCAGUGAAAGAUAUUGAGCUCAAAUUAUCUGAGCUGAAAUGAAGUCCUGACUUACAAACUCACUCAGAUGCAAUGCUGGAAAGAACAACAUGGACCUAACUAGAUCAAUGCACUGCAGAGGACGGAGUUCUGUGGAGGAGGAUUUGCUCGAGGAUAAAAAAAAAAAAAAUCUCCACCUGGAAUUUUAAAGACUACUAUUGUUGCAACGUUGAAGAAAACGCAUCUUGGUAUGAAGAUCAUCGGUUACUGUUGAAAUGUGUCAUUUAUGAAAUACAUGUUUGUUGUUUUUUUUUCCCUUCACCAACAUUUUGAAGUCGACAUUUUGAUACCUGCUCAGGUCCUCUGAUGGAGAAUUCCAUUAUCUGUAGCUGUGGGCCUUAUACACAUCUGUAUAUGCACUAUAAGUGAAACGCUUUAUCAGUACAUUAGGACCCUCUGUGGGAUAAUAUUAUGCAACUGAUCAUCCUGAUGUUAUGUUUAUUCUGGGCUGUGAUGUCACCUCAAGGUCGGUAUCAUCAAACACAUACUGUACUACUGAUGGUAUUCAUAUGCCUAUCAAUUCAUUCCUUACUGUGAAGCUACAGUAUACAUCUUUCCUCAUUUGUGAAACAUUUUAUGUAACAUCUCCUUACAUAAUAUAUAUUUAUUAAUUACGCAAAUUACAGUCACAUACAAUAAUUUCUAAGUUUAACAAAUGCACUAAGGUUUUUGUUUUUUUUAUUGAAACAGAAAAACUUCAUUUUAAACAGCAGAUCUGUGCAGUAUUCCCUCAGUGUCUUUUCAUUUCCAAACUUUAAAUGAUUUAUUUACAUAUCAAAUAUAUUUUAUGCAUACCAUAGUAAAUUUGUGUGAUUUUUUUUUCCCCUUUAUCUAUUGUGUUGAUACUUCAUUUAAUAUUGUAAAGUCACUUUUUAUCAGCUGCACAUACACAGUAGAGUUAUGUCUUCAUGCAUAUGUAUUGUCGAUAUAUAUUCAGCCUGAUUGUUUUCAUUCGGGUGUUUUGUUUCCAUGUAAUUUUGCACCAGUUUGUUGUUGAGACUUCUAUUAACAAAGGGCAGCUCACCGCACUGUAUUUGUCCAUAAGAGCAUAAAAUCUGUACAUUAUGAUUAAAACAUUUUGAUGCCUCUUCGUAUGGUAAUUGGA